AUGGCCGAUAUGACUCAGGUUCCCAUCAAUGGCAACUACCCUGCUCAGCACGGUUUCCCCGAAUCCUACAACCAUGCAUCUGUUACCAUGAACACUGCUGCCAGCUUCCAGCCUGCGCAGUCCUCCACCCCGACUACCGUCACUCCCACCGACCAGCAGAAGAAUGAGAUCUCCAAGGAUGAGGUGGGCUGGUAUUUCGUCGAGCAGUACUACACCACCAUGAGCCGCAACCCCGACAAGCUUCACCUGUUCUACUCUCGCCGCUCUCAGCUGGUAUUCGGCACUGAGGCUGAGUCGGUUCCUGUCAGCGUUGGUUCCAAGGCCAUCAAUGAGAAGCUCAACUCCUUGAAGUUCCAGGAGUGCAAGGUGCGCGUCCUGAAUGUCGAUUCUCAGGCCUCUUUCGACAACAUCCUGGUCUCAGUCAUUGGUGAGAUCUCCAACAACUCCGAGCCAUCCCGCAAAUUCGUGCAGACUUUCGUCCUCGCCGAGCAGCCCAACGGCUACUAUGUUCUUAACGACAUCUUCCGAUACAUGGCCGAAGAGCCAGAAGAAGAACCCGAGCUACCUACCGCUGCUGCGCCUGUUGCCGAAGCCCCUGAGGCCGUUGCUGAGGUUCCUGCUGAGGUUCCUGCUGAGGAGCCCCAGGUGACUGGUGAAGUCGCUGUUUCCAAUGUCGAUGAGAAGCUCGAGGAGGUCGAGGCCAACGGUCAGGUUGAGGAGCCUGAGGAGGCCGCUCCUCAGACCAACAGUGCCCCUGUUGAGGAGGAGACCCCCGCUCCUGUUCCUGCCGUUGAGGCUGAAAUUGUGAAGGAUGAGGAGCCUGCCACCCCUGAACCCUCUCUCGUUCCGGAAAAGGAGGAGAUUCCUGAGAAGGAGACGUCAGCCACUCCCGCUGCCCCUAAGACCUGGGCUAGCAUUGCGACUACCUCUUUCGCAGCUAAGGCCGCUGCUGCCGCCAAGGCUUCGGCCGCCCAGGCUGCUCCUGCUGCUCAGGCUGCCCCUGCUGCCCCUACUGCUCCUAAGGCUGCUGCUCCAGCUGCUUCUGCUGCUCAACCCGCUACUGCCGGCCCCACGGAGGCUACCCGCUCCCAGGAGGCCCCUUCUACCGAAGCCGGAUGGCAGACCGCCGGCGACGGCCACAAGAAGUCGCAACCACGUGUUGAGGAGACCGUCCUCGCUUAUAUCAAGAACGUCAACGACAAGGUCGACGCCAGCUUGCUCAAGCAGACCUUGGCUCGUUUCGGCAAGCUGAAGUACUUCGAUGUCAGCCGCCCCAAGAACUGUGCCUUUGUUGAAUUCAACGAGCCCGCCGGUUAUACCGCUGCCGUUGCCGCCAAUCCCCACCAGAUUGGCAGUGAGCAGAUUCUUGUUGAGGAGCGCCGCCCCCGUGGCAAUGCCUACGGCAGCAACGGCUUCCCCGCCGGCCGUGGUGGUGGUGCCGGUCGUGGUCGUGGUGACCGCGCCGGCAGCCAGGGCCGUGGUGGCUUCCAGCGUGAGGGCCGUGGCAGCUUCACUCCCCGUGGCCGCGGUGGCAACGUUGCCGCCAAGGGUCGCCCCAGCCAGCCCCAAGCUGCUUAA